AUGCAACGCAAAGCAACCCUGGAGGAGGAGGACGCGGAGGUGAUGUGGCUUGCCGCACAGCGCGAGGCGUAUCAUGACAACAACGAGGACGAUGACGAGGACGAGGAGUUACUGCGUGGUGUGCCGUGCGCAAAUGACGACGUUCCUGCAGCUGGAGGUGCCGUCGUACAGCGGCAACAACACCAGCUGCGGCCCAUGGUGGUGGCUGAGGGCGCCGCGUGCGCCACGGACGAUGCAUCUGUGGGCCCUGCGCUGCAGGUGACAGCAACGACGACGACGGAGGCGUUUCGUGGCAUCUGCGAGUACCCGCCGCUGUCGCUAGUGAGCUUUAUGAUACGCGGCGACAACGGCGUCGUACGUUGGUUAACUGCCUCCGGUCUGAAGGCGGAGAGGCCCUCGCGGAAGCGUGGGAGGGAGCUGGAGGAAUCGGAAGAGGCGGCGGGGGAGGAGGAAGAGCAGGCGAGUGCCGUACGGGAUUGGCACAGACGACACGGGGGCGGCGGCCUGGGGUACGUGGACAUCCCAGCCCUCUUGCAGCACCUCUACGACGCGGUGGCGACGGCGGCGAGGCAUGUGGACGAAGACAGCGUGACGCCACCACCGACACUGCCGGCACAACCGCAGCAACAGGCGCCUGAGGAGGCGCUUUGGGUCAUCAAGUACAGCCCCAAGCGCUUUCGCGAGCUUCUCAGCGACGACAACAUCAACCUCAAGCUGCUGCAGUGGUUAAAGAGCUGGGACGCGUACAUCUUCCAAGACGCCGCUGCCGCUGCGAAAGGGGACGCUCCUCCAGCGAGGCCGGAGGAGCGUCUGGCCGUGUUGGUAGGCCCACCGGGUGUUGGGAAGACGACGCUGGCGCACGUCCUCGCAGCACACUGCGGGUACGAAGCCAUCGAGAUUAACGCGAGUGUCGACCGCACCGCAUCGAAGAUGGAGAGCGCCAUACAGCUCGCGGUGGCACCAGCGCGUGUGAGACGACGCGCGCCACCGUCCUCACCGUCACCAUCUUCCUCAUCCGCGGCGUCCUCAACCGUGGACUCUGCGACGAGAGCAGAAGGGGUGGGCGUGUCGCUUGUGGACCUGCUGCUUCGCCCCAAGUGUCUUAUUAUUGACGAGAUGGAUGGGAUUGCCACGAAUGUGGCAACCUUUCUUCUGAAGCAGGACAUCCAUUGCCCGGUGUUUUGUCUCUGCAAUGACUUUUAUGUGCCUUCGCUACAGCCCCUGCGGCGGCAGUGCCAGCACGUGUACUACCUUCCACCCAUUCGUCCGCAGCGGCUGCUGUCCCGGCUGAGCGAGAUUGCGGCACGCGAGGGGUUGCCGGUGAGUCAGCCGGCUCUCGUUGAGUUGGUGCAGUCAAGCAACGGUGACGUUCGUUGCUGCCUGAAUACGCUGCAGUUUUUGUACCGUCACGCGUCGCGGGCGGGCGGAAAAGCGGAGGCGCUGCAGAUGAUGCGUGAUAUGCAGGGGAAGGACUCCAAGCUUGGGUUGUGGGACAUGUGGAGGCUCAUGUUUGAGCGGCAGGAGCGUAACAGCUACGUCCACCUUCUCCACAAGGAGUUCGCCAUUGACUACGGGGCGACGUUGAUGGCGGGAAUUCAUCAUGGCACUGCAGCGGCGCAUACGAUGGAAAUGAGUGGGGGCACGUUGCGCCUGGCGGAGGCGGAGCAUGUGGCGCAGGGGUUUCGCGUGGAUCCCGGGCACGUGUAUGUGUCUCGUGUGGUCCAGCAGUGCCCGGACACCCACACGCUGCUGGACGGUCUGCAGGAGUUCUACCUGCAGCGUUUCUAUGCUGACUAUUCGUUUAGCAGGACCCGAAGCAUGGCGGAUGCCUUUUGCUUUCAGGACAAACUCACCACGUGCGCCUACCGCGACGCCUCCGCGACCACCCUAAUCCCGUUUGUGGAGCAGUAUGCCUGCACGACGGCCGCGACGUGUUUCAGUUGCUGUAGCUCCUCACGCCGCAGUGGCGCUGGUUUGGGGUUUCCGCGUGAGUCGGCGGGGCUGAGCCGGCGCCUGGCAGAGUCGGCCAACAUUGUCCGCACCUUCCGUGACGGCUGUCACGGCGAGACGGCGGCCCACAUGUCCUCCGUCAACGUCGUCGCGCAGGAAACCGCUCCGCUGCUGCUGCACUCUUUGCUGGAUGCGUCGCUGCGUGUGUCCGCCCACUCCAUCGCGUCUGUGUCCGCGCUGAGCCCGCGCGACCAGCAGCUGCUGCUUGCUGCCGUUGCCCGCCACGCGGAGUACGGCCUCAGCUACGCCCGUGCCGCAAAGGCUGGAAACGGUGGCGGCGACGCCGAUGACACGGUGGAGGAGCACUGGGAGCUGACGCCGCCGAUUCACCGCCUCGCGGGUCUGGAUCCUAGGGCCGCGAGCGUACCACCCUCCACGCGGCAGGCCACCCUGGCAACCCCGUCGCGAAUGGAUGCCUCAGCCUCGCCGAGGCCGGCCACCGCGGUUGUGGUACUGCGGCAGCCGGAGGAGCUGCGGCAGCUGAUGGUGGGGGAGAUACGACGCUUCGUCAUCCAGCGCAGUGCGCACCGGCCGUCGCGGGGCACCACCCACGCGAGCCACUCUCCCACGGCAGUGGGGGAGGGGGUGAAGGGGACGGAUAAGAAGCUACACGGCGUGCGGGCAGUGGAGGUGGAACGCACGACCACCGCUGCCGCCGCAGCGCCUCAGGCGCCCCUCACAGCCGCUGCACCUUCAACGGCUCCUGCCGCAAGGCCCAGGCCAAGCGGCAAGCGGGACUUCUUUGGCCGCCUUAUUCCUGAGGACACGGCGAAGACGUCGUCGUCCGCAACGUACAGGAAGCCCGCGGGGGUGGUGACGGCGGCCAAGCUGACCGUGCAGUACAUAUACCACGACGGCUCCACCAACGCCGUCCGCAUUCCUGCAGCCUUCUCAGACUUUUAG